AUGGCAAUGGUCAAGUAUUGGGGUGACGAAAAGCACGCGAUACGGUUGCAGGAUGCUGUGUAUGCCGUAUAUCUGAAGAAGGUCAGAUACGUGCCUCCUCCGGGGUAUGACGGGGUUCCGAGAUAUCGCGCUAUCGAUCCGGACCGGCCCCAGCUUCAGUGUCCCUGUCCAGGAUCGGAUCAUCUUCAGUGGGAAAGUGUGAAGGAACGAGUGAUUAAGGCUGGAACGAUAGAAAAGCUUGUAGAGUGCCUCGUCGGUGCAGAUGGCACUAUGGAUUCCCGGCAUUUCAACGUAUUUUUCGCUACCUACAGAGCAUUUGCCGAGCCGAUCAGUGUUUUGGACAGGUUGUUACGUCGCUACGAGUCGCUUGAGAAUGAAGUGAAUUCGAGCACGUCCGCCCUUGUCACACAAAAUUCCAUCCGAUCGAUACUGAUCUGCUGGUUAGACAUGUAUCCGGAGGAUUUCUACGAUCCUGAUUGUGAUUUUUCCAUGCUUACGAAUCUGUUAGACUUUGGUCAGCGUAGCCGGUUGUCAGACCUGCGAGCGAAGUCAAGAAAACUUUUGGAGCGUUUCAAACAUAUUCAAGAAGAGGGCGGGAUGAUAGCGGCACUUCCAUCUCUGGAUCAACUCGCGUCAGCUUUCGGCUACGAUGCUUCUGAAUACUCAAGGAAUCCGCAAGAGAGAGUGAAAAUGUUUGACGUGGGAAGCGAAAACUGUGUUCAAAUUGCUGAGCAGCUAACGUUUUGGGAUGCUGAACUCUUUCGCGAACUCAUCAUCCAUCAGUGCCAAGGAUGUGUAUGGUCAAAAAGACAUAGGCUACCAAACGAAAAAGUGUAUACAGUGAAAGCAACUAUUGAUCAGUUCAAUGCAGUUUCACAACGGGUCAUGACCAGUAUUGUACUUCCCGAUUGUCGACCAGAUUUCCGAGCUAAGAUAAUAGCGAAAUGGAUUGAUAUUGCAAGGGAACUUCGAGCGCUGAAGAAUUUCUCAUCUCUGAAAGCGGUCCUUUCGAGCCUCCAGUCCGAGCCAGUGCACCGCUUGAAAUCCGUGUGGGCUCUCGUUCCAAGUCGAUCAAUGGCGCAAUUCCGCGAUCUGUCUGCAAUUUACGACAUGGACGAAGAGGGCGACGAACGGAACGCUCGGCGUAUACUGGAGCAGGUUGGAAAUGGGUUUGGUAGAAUCGUAGAAGAUGAUUGGGUCGAGGAGCUUGACACCGUGGAAGGAACGGCGAAGAGUUCGCCACUGCGAAGACCUCAACUCGUUCAGAACUGUCGACGUACGAAGAGUGAUGUAAAUCUUGCUGAAUGUCAAGGCACCGUACCGUACUUGGGAUCCUUCCUUACUGACCUGACUAUGAUAGAUCAGUGUACACAAGAUUUCACAGAAGAUGGCUUGAUCAACUUUGAGAAACGCCGCAAAGAGUUCGAGGUCUUGGCAAAAUUGCGGCUCUUCCAAUCAGCUGCGCGUGCUUACCAUAUUCCUAUGGAUCGUGUGUUUUGCGCAUGGUUUCACUUUUUGCCUUGUCUCUCUGAAAAAGAAUGUUUCAAUCGCUCCUUGGAAAUUGAGCAGCCAACAGUGGUGUCAACGCCCGACCUUAAUUCGCGUCAUAACACUUCGCAGUCAAAUGGCAACUCAAAUGUGUUAGCAAAAAGCAACACCCUCGCUCGCCUCUUCAACUCGUCGAAGCUUAGCGAAGAUAGCAAUGCGAAUGUGUCCCAUUCGCAUUCGCAUUCUCAUUCGCAAUCCCAGUAUCGCUUUCGCGGACAUUAUCUCGGACUGCGCCAGGUGUCCAAUCUUUUACAGCGCCAUCAACGCCAGCGAGCUCUGUGUCCUACAAAGGUGGAAGGAUGUGAAUUUUCGCCUCUGGACGUAUUUCCGCACAAGAGGGCAUACAGUGGUGACUCGACACAGGAAGUUGAAGCCUCUAUGUCUGCAACUUUGCCAGAAUGCUCGAAAGCAUGUCACGACCAUUCACGUGUGGACUGUUGUGACAUGCCAAGCUGCAGUGCUUCCGUGCCUGAUCACAUCAAACGAGGAUUGCAUCAGAGCGAUGCGUCUACAUGUUCAUCUUCCUCUUACCAAUCCUCCGGACCUCAGACAGACACAGGAUCCUUCCACUUGGCGCGAGUGAAAAACGGUGACCGCAUGAAUGAAUUAAUAACUAGGGCACUAGAGAAGCAUCUUAUAGAAAGUUCAGAAGACGAAUAUUGCCUUGUGCAACUUCUUCCAAAUGGAGUUGCGGCGAUUACGUUUUUACAUAUCAGUCCUUCAGGGGAAUUUCAACUGCCGGACAAAUGCAAUCCAUACUAUGCAGUAGCGCCGGAUCCCACAUCUCCAAUGAAGUCUUAUACAGUUUAUCCUCUUGGUGAGGUGGCAAUACCAAUGACUGUUCAUUUUAGAAAGCGCAAAGAUGCUGCAAGUGGUGACGGGUCGUCGCCACAAGUUGGCCCUUCAACGAAGAAGCUCAAUAAAAUGAAAAGGUCGAACCUUCUGAGGUGGAGCAUUUUUGCUUCAGCUGCAAUCGAUUUGCUCAAUACUCAACAUGCACAGUUUUAUUAUUGA